UAGUGAGGAGUUUCGUAGUGGUCAGUGCUGAAACGGGAGCAAUCGCUGCAGGACUUUUGGACAUGGGCAUGUAAAACAACAAACGACGUAAAACAACUGGGUAACUCAUGUGAAGUAUAACAGUUUUAAAAAGUACAGAAAUAAUUUUUAAUCACAACAAAAACGAAUCCCCUAUGAUGCCCAAAUGGGUAAAUAUGUCAUUCAUCCCAGUGUUUAAAGGGAAAGCUGUCAGACAUGCCUUUACUAAUAAAAAAUAGGGAGUAUUACAGCUGCCCACAGCUAGAGUUCUGAAUUUUUCAGCGCAAGCUUCGAACAGAAAAGUUGAAUAUUAUUUCAUUUAGUUUGCAUGUGAAAACGUGUUAUUUUGAUUUCCUUGUAGUUUUAACACACUGACAAGCUAAUGUUUGGCAUGUUUUAUCGAAUGAAGCCUUCAGCACGCCAGCUGCAGUUACGUUUAUUGUAGAUUUUAUCAGAAGAUCAGCGCACUAUACUGGAAGUGCAAAGCAAAAAAAAAACAUUUUUCAAUGUUAAUGUUGUUUUAUGUUGAACAAUAUUCUAAGAAGUAAUAACGGAAUGAAACUAAACAGGAGAUUUAGUUUUAGAAUGAUUUUACGGUUUUCUCGAGUUCUGAUUUAAAAAUAUAGUAGUUGCUCAAUUAGGAGAGUAAACAAACCCUGACGUAGCAAGGACUGAAAAAAUAAUGUACGUAUUUUAAAAAUCCAAGUAUUCGCCUGGUCGCAGAAAGUAAACACAGCUCCCAAAAGUGUAAACGUGAAGUAGAAACCUGAAGCCAAGCGCUGGAAGAUGGAGGGUAUUGUUCGGUUGGCUGCAGGGAGGUGGGAUGGGCUGGGUAGCAGAGAUGCCAACUCCAGAGAAGCGGCCAUGGAAAACAUCAGACAGGACGUGAUGAGCAGAGCGGAAAAGAUUGGCCCCGUCUGUGGGGUGCCCCGGACCCCCGGCUCACCUGCCCGCUCCCCGGACGACUUGAACGACAUGCUGGCUCGCCUGCUCAUGCUCUCCAGAAGAUGUCCACACGCUGAUGUCAGAGAGAGGUCCGACUGCGUGCUCAGGAGUGUGCAGGAAAUGGGAGUGAGAAUUCCAAGACCCCUGGGACAUGGACCAAGCAGAUACAUCCCUGAGAAAGAGAUACUAGAGGUUGGUAAAGUUGAUGCACGGACGCGGGCAAUAUUUGAAGACGCCUUUGCCGCCUUGGGGCGCCUUGACAACAUCUCCUUGGUGAUGGGGUUUCAUCCUCAGUAUCUCGAGAGCUUCUUGAGGACACAGCACUACCUUCUGCAGAUGGACGGCCCUCUUUCACUCCACUACCGGCACUACAUUGGGAUCAUGGCUGCAGCCAGGCAUCAGUGUUCCCAUUUGGUGAACUUGCACGUGAAUGAUUUCCUUCAAGUGGGAGGCAACCCUAAAUGGUUGAAGGGUCUGGAGGAGGCUCCGCCCAAGCUACAACAUCUGGGAGAGCUGAACAAGAUUCUCGCCCACAGGCCCUGGCUAAUCACAAAGGCACACAUCGAGCAACUGCUGAAGGCCGAGGAGUACAGCUGGUCCCUAGCAGAGCUCAUCCACGCGGUGGUGCUGCUGACUCACUACCAUUCCCUGGCCUCCUUCACCUUCGGCUGCGGGAUCAACCCUGAGAUCCACUGCGAGGGAGGGCACACCUUCCGACCGCCUUCUGUCAGCAGCUACUGUGUGUGCGAUAUUGCCAAUGGGAACGGAGUGCUGGAGGAGAUCCUGGGCAACCAUUCAGUGAGUGUUGCGGAGGCCUCCUGCGAAGUGGAAGCCCUCAUGGAGAAGAUGAAGCAGCUGCAGGAGUGCAGGGACGAGGAGGAGGCCAGCCAGGAGGAGAUGGCCACCCGCUUUGAGAGAGAGAAGACCGAGAGCAUGCUGGUGGUGUCCACAGCAGAGGAGGAUGAGACCAUGACGACUCGAGAUGUCUCUCGGCACUUCGAGGACCCCAGUUAUGGAUACAAGGACUUCUCUAGGCGUGGAGAACACGUGCCUACUUUCCGAGCCCAGGACUAUAGUUGGGAAGACCAUGGCUACUCUUUAGUCAAUCGCCUUUAUCCAGACGUUGGGCAGCUCCUUGAUGAGAAGUUCCAGAUCGCUUACAACCUGACGUACAACACCAUGGCCAUGCACAAGGACGUGGAUACAUCAAUGCUGAGGCGUGCAAUCUGGAACUACAUCCACUGCAUGUUUGGAAUAAGAUAUGAUGAUUAUGACUAUGGAGAAAUUAACCAGCUGCUAGACCGCAGCUUCAAAGUGUAUAUUAAGACUGUGGUCUGCGGUCCGGAGAAGACCACUAAGAGAAUGUAUGACAGCUUUUGGAGACAGUUCCAACAUUCCGAGAAGGUACACGUUAAUUUGCUUCUUAUGGAAGCUCGCAUGCAAGCAGAACUGCUCUAUGCUUUAAGAGCCAUCACGCACUACAUGACAUGAAGUGCCCAUUUCUCUUCUGUGGACAUAUCAAAGGAUGUUGCAUAAACCUUCAUGAAGGAUGCUGAAAGUCAUCUGGACUGAGCGCUGGCUGGCAGUCUGCUGGGGAUGACAUUGUAUCAUUAUGCGCUGCAGCUACAUCUUCUGGGUUGAUUCUCCGCUGAAAGGAGUAGCAGAAGACUGCGAAGAUGACGCUUAACUUCAGUAUUCCAUUGCGCCUCGAAAACGCCAUGAAUCUUUUCACAGCUUUAACGGCAGUGCACUGAGCUGCACUGGAGUAUUUAGAUUUCAUUGUUUGUUUGUUUUUUUAUGAAAGCUGAGGUUGAAAAACCUGGCGUUGGAAAGCAUUGCUCAAUAAGCUGUAGGGGCUGGGUAGCGUGUAGAUGUUGUUGUACAGUGGUGGUGCCGCUCUGCACACCAGCAAAAGACUCCAAAAGGAUACUUCUUUAUUUAAGCUAUGUAAAGGGUGAAAGUAACACUGCGCCUGUCUGAGCCGCCCUUUGGUUUACUGUAAGAAAUUAUCCUAUUUUUACACGUGCAUAGUGAAUUAUUUCAAUUCCCCUACCACAUGGGGUUUGAACAUUUUGUAAGCAAGACACUUUGGAGAAUGGGACUUUAUUGCUGUAUAAUUUCUUUAAAAACAUUUUCUCAUAGGUGACUUAUAUUUUCCAAGUCAGUGUAAAGGUCUUCCCCCAGGAAGUGCACCUGUGUUUUAUAUCCCAUCAUGUCUUCCGCGGAAGGUCACCUAGCAUUGACAGUUUUACAUUUGAAUUUGAAUACCUCUAUAAGUGCUCUUCCUGAGCAGAAUUUUGCACCUCGUCUCCUUUUGUUCUACUCUUCUUUUUUUUGUAGGUGGCAGAGCUGAAGGAGAGGUUAAUUUUGACUGCACUGCUACGGUCACCAAGUUAAACGGUUCAUACUGUUGUUUGACCCUGACCGUUAAGAAGCUUGUGAAGUUGGAAAUCCUGUUUUGCUUAAUCAGUUGCCACCACAAUUCUUGAUCUGAAAGGAGAAUUAAAAGUUGUUGGAUGCUAAUCUCAGGACACACUUUGCGUAAGAAGGGGGGGAAGGGUUCUCCUUAAAUUAAAUAGGUGUUCAUAAGAGAAAGGUUUCAAAAAUUGUUGGGACUAGAGUUAACAGUGUUAUGAGCAUUAAAAUGGGGAAAAAAAUAAAAGGGUCUUUUCACUUUCAAAAAGCAAAUGGGUUUUGUAGAAUGGAUUUUUAAAUUAUAAUCACUUGUAUCAGUGCUUACUUUUUUCAUUACAUAUAAAAUUGAAUUGUGAAGAAAGUUUAUUACAAAACAGUAUUCCUAGAGGCAUUCUUAAAUACUAUGAAAUUAUUACUAUGAAGCUGAAGUGCCAUUUUGGAAAUGAAAAGAACUUUUGAUUCAGGGGUUGUGUUCUGUUUUGUCAACAUCAUGAAAGAACACUUGCUUCUGUGUGCAGUGUGUGUAAACAGUUAAUAUAUUAAAAGGACCAGGCUGGAGGCUGGUUACUGGACAUGAACCUUAGUCAAGACUGAGUUGAGUGUGGUACCAGUGAACUGACUGGGACUCCACACUGCAGUUUUUUUGCCUGGAUUGCUGAUCUUGUACAUUAAACAUUUAAGAGUGUAAUUCUUCCAGAAGGGUGAUAUCCUAAAAAAAAAAAACAAUCUCUUGCCCCACUGCAACUGUCGUUGCACGUAAACAUGUUUCUAACAAGCCAUUUACUCUGCUCUAGGUUCUGUAAAUACAUUAUUGAUACAAGUCAGCUGUGAUCAAUGCAUUUGUUUUAGUAUUUUUAUCCUGCUAUUUUUGAUGGCUGUUUUUUCAUUAAUACCAAAAUGAAAGGUCAAAAACUGAAGAACAGUUCUGUAUUUGUGCAGCCAAAAAAGCAGGACCAGCUGUUGUUUUGUGGGUUUUUAUUUGAUAAACAGACACAUAAGCUCAAUACAGUGUUAUUGUAUCUCCUAUUACUGUGCUAUUCAAAUAAACACAAUGUUGAAAAAAUAAAAUGACAUACUAUAAAGUA